AUGUCGCAGACGUCGCCGUGGUCUCCUUCUCGCCAUGUCUUGGUGGAUCUCUGCGAGCGACGCGCAGUGCGACGGGCCCGCCAGUUGUUGCAAGCGGCUGAUCAAAGUGUGGACAAGCUGCGUUGCAGCACUGCAGUCCUGUCUGCUCUCAGUCGAAUAGCUGCUUGGCAGGAUGCCGUGGACCUGCUUUUCAGCAUCGGAGGCGACCCAAUUGGCUACACCUGUGGCAUCACAGCCUGCCGUGGCCGGCAGUGGCCUAAGACCUUGAUGCUGUUGGAGAGGAUGGGCCAGGAACGCGUCCUUCGAGAUGAGCUGGUGAUGAACUCUGUAUGUAGCGCCUUGGAGCGCGUAACGCUGUGGCAUGGCUCGCUGCAGCUGAUGCCGCCCAACUUGCGAGCGAUCAGCUCCACCAUCCAUGCCUGCGUGAAAGGUGGGCAGUGGCAUUCAGCAACAUCCCUAUUGCAUGGAGCUUCCUCGGCACGAGUGGUGGUGGAUAGCGUUGCUGCCACGCCGCUGUUGGACAGCCAUUGGUUGAGAGGUGUGAUGUUGCUGACUUGGAUGCAGCAGAGCAGCCUGGAAGCAGAUGAAGUGAGCCAGGAAGCUUUCUGUCACAGCGCGGGUCAGGCAGAGCAGUGGCGGAAAGCGCUGUGGGCCCAGUCCCCCCGAAAGUUGGCUGCAGCAUUGAGUGGCCGAAGUCCAAGCGCCUGGCGUUUCGCUGCUGCGUCAUUGGUGUACUUAAGUGAGCGUUCAUUGGCAGAUGCGACCAACUGCUGCAUGACAUUGGCCCUUUGUGCAGAGCCAAACUGGCGUUUGGCCCAGCAACUUCUGCUUGCUGCGCUUGCUGCCAGCCCUUGCAAUGUCGACGCUGCGGUUUGUACGGCAGCAGUGUCGGCAGCCACUGCGGCAGGUAUAUUGUCCCUUAUGCGGCAGCGGGCAAUCUGCCCCAGCUGUGCCACUGCUGUAGCUGCUACAUCUGCGCUGGUGCAAAAGUCGCUCUGGCGGCAAGCUGGAGUCCUCUUGGCCAAGAUGCAGGAACAUGCUCUCCUCCCCAGCAUUGCACUGCAAAAUGUGGAGGUUUCAGCGGCUCAGACGCGCAACGCCUGGGCCACGGCCCUGCAGUCCCUGCAGUCCCUGCAGCUGGCUGUGGCCACAAGGCCCGGUAGCGCCGGUAGCGCCCCAGCGUGGACAUCGGCAGUGGCGGCCUGUGACUGGGUGGAGGCCUGGCAGCUGCUGCGAAGAAUGGAGGAACUGCAGCUGGAAGUGUCCCAAGUCACUGCCACAGCGGCGGCUGGAUCGAGCUGGGAAGAUGCCCUGGCGGCAGUGGCGCUGCGUGCGAGUGGUGCCGCGCUCGCGGCCUUGAUGAAAGGAGCGAAAGCUGGUUGCGCUGGUUGCUGGAGCCGUGCCCUGCAGCUGGCGCUGGCACAGCGUGAGUGUCCCUCUAUGGAUCCCAAGAACCGCGACAUCGGAUUCAACUCCGCAGUUGCAGCUUGUGGUCUUGCAGGCGAAUGGCAGUUGGCUCAGCAUGUCUUCCGGCUGCACGGCCAUGACGCUGUGGGGCUCAGUGCCGCCUUGGGCCCUUGGAAGGCAGCAUUGGCGCUGCUACGCGCAUCUGCAAGCGUUGACGAUGUGUGUUUCAGCGUCGCCAUUGCUUCCUGCGCACGCGCAGAAGAAAAGUUUGCAUUUGACGUGAUGGUGUUAGCAGCGCAAUUCGCAGUAGAUGCCUGGGGUGGAGUUCUCAUGAGAGGUCACGACUGCUGUGUGCUGUUGGCGGCACCUUACUGCUACGCACAGACCAUCGACAUCUUCGACUUUUCCAUUCCGUUGCUGGUCUUGCUCUUUGUCAUGUUAUUUAUCUGCGUUUCUUCCAAGUCAUGUGCCCUUUGGCUGCGACAGAUGGGCAAGAAGGCUCCUGAAGAGCCAUACCAUUGCACAGAAUCAUUGACAGGAAUGCCACAGAAUGCCCUGGAUUUGGAGCAGAAGCUCAUGGCCAUCUGGGGCACUUCCUGCCUGGGUGGGAAGGGCGACUAUCACAAAGCCCUGCCCAAAUCACAGGAAUGGGGACGAGCAGCUGCCAGCUUUUAUGCCACCAUGAAGCUGGAUUUCGGCUUUCAGGCCGACAGCGUGCGCAACCAGUUCGAGCACUUGAUUUCGCUUUGGCGGUCACAUGCGGCCAUGGUCACUGACCUGGCUAUCCAAGAUGCCUAUGAGAAUCGCUGGAGGUGGAGCUCUGGCUCUUGGAGUGAUCAAACGGAGCCAGUGCGGAUGGAUGUGAACGGCAACAAGGCGCUCACCUGGGCCCGGCACAAGUUUGUUGCUAUAGUUCACAAAGUUGAGCAGUGGAGCGAACUGACUGCCAAAGUCAUCAGCACAGUGCCACCAACGUGCCGUAUCGGGAAACCUUUGGCUCAGGGAGACAAGGCAUCGCAUAGGUCAACCGUCAAGUGGGCUCUGGCCCGUGGCCCGUGGGGCAUGGCAGUUGCGGCCGAAAAAAUAAAUGCUUGGUUUGACUUCGCAGCGAGGGAGUGUUUUGAAGAACGCCACUGGGAAGUGGCUGCAAGGCUGCCAGAGGCAACCUUGUCUCAUCGCUCAGGAGCAUUGGGAGCAUUGCUAUGCGGCCAUUUGAUCAGGUUUGAUAUGACAAAUAUCUUCGUCGAGCGUGCACCCGAAAAUCCGUGCAACUUGCUAGUGCGGCCCGAAGUCAGAGGGCAGUACGAUCAGGGUGCAGAGCUGCAAUUGUGGUGGCGAAGGGCCCUGGCACCGGGCGAUUCGAUGGUGGAGCGCACGAGCAAACUGUGGGUUCUACGCAUGGCGUCGCUUCUUUUCGCCAACUCUUCUGGCCCCUUCAGGAAUAGCUUUUUCUACGACACCGUGCCCAUUUCAGCCCGCCAUCAGCUUCGAAGAGACUUUCCAUUGACAGGGGACUGCGCGUACGCCUGCUUUCAGGACUACGAUGGAGUCGGUCAAGAAGGCAUUCUGGUCUGUCGCAACAUGGGUCAUCGCAAUCGAUUUCGGGUGUCGAUGAUCUUCAGUACUCCUGAGGACAAGUGGCCGCAUUGGGCCUCGCUACUUUUCAGCUUUCUGACGGAUAUGAUCCGCAAGGCCAUUGUGCGAUUUCUAAAUCGGCCAGGCAUCCAGCAGAUGCGUCAAGUGGAUGAGGAGUUCUAUCUGGUGCUUUGCAUGCGGAGCUUCAAUCGUGGACCACCGUUGGUUCCAGAAACCCGAGACACAGACACUGAGGCCUGA